AUGGAUGAGUACGUCAAAGAGGCUUUGGAGGCCUAUCAACCAGAUGACCCUACCGGACCUGCAAUAAUACAGCAGGCCAUAGCUAACACAUGGAUGGGCACAUUCAUCUACAAAUUCUUCAUCGAGGAUGCCGAUUUGCGCCAGAGUGUUAUCGACUUUGUUAUCAAGCACCGGCCGGGAACGAAUCCCAGAUUUGGCGAUCCCUACAGACAUGGCUCUUACAACUUUAUCAUCGAGAUAAUCCUCGACGACGGGAUCGUACUCUUCAGGUUCCCGGUUCCAGGGCUUGCUGUGUACCCAGAUGACAAGGUCAAGGCUGAAGUCGCAACUAUUCGCUACGUCGCCGACAACACUACCAUCCCGGUACCACAUAUCUACCACUGGGGCACAGCAGGGGAAAAUCCCACCGGCCUCAAUGUGCCCUUUAUAAUCAUGGAUCACAUCCCUCAUGCCACCACCGUGGGCCAGGCACUUGAAGACCCCGAGUUCCAAAUUCCCUCCAUACCUGAGUCAGAGAAACGGGAAUAUCUCUACCAGCAAAUGGCCGAGAUAUCAUUGCAGCUCUACAGUCUCACCUCAGACAGAAUCGGCUCGCUCGGUGUUCUCGGCAAUGGCGAGUACGGAGUCACUUCGGCACCACUUUCGCAACACAUCGCCUACCAGGUCAUCAACUGUGAUGUUCCUGUCGCUGUGCUCCCCCCUCGUGACAGGACUUAUUCCUCAUCAGCGGAUUAUCUUGCGGACGCAGCGGAUAUAGAUAUUUCAGGGUUUUUGUUCAUGAACGAAAAGUUUUUCAAAUCCGCUACAGACUGCAGAGACAAAUUCGUUGCUAGAUACCUUGUGCGGGAUAUUGUGCGGCGACGGCACCACAGCACGGGGGAAUUUGAUCACUCCAGGCCUCAUGCAGAAGUGCAGACAGGAUCGCCCCGUGAGACUUUCAGAUUGUGGGGGGACGACUUCCGCCCAGAGAAUGUCUUACUCGACGAAAAGGGAGCGGUAGUAGGAGUAGUCGACUGGGAAUACACGUAUUUUGCUCCCGAGACGUAUCACCUGAACCCUCCUUGGUGGUUACUGCUCGAACUUGUGGACGAGUACAUGGACAAAGAUGCAGAUUCAGGCACUUCUUCAGAUCAAGAGGCCUUGCCACACGACGCUGAAAAUGCGGAAGAUGGGCAGGGCGCAGGAAAGUUCAGGGAGCAAUGGGACGAAUUGGAUGCUAAUGGACUGGGAUUGGCUGCUGAGAACGGCGACACCGACGCUGGCUUAGUUCUCGUGCAAUACUCUUUGAACCUAUUCAUGGCCACCUCCACCAGAACUUGGCGUUCCCCGUCAGUUCAAUAUGUCUGUGUCAAACCCGACUCGCACUUGUACAGUAACGACUUGCCUUUUAAAGAAAAAGACUUGUUCACCAAGAAGAGUUACAAGACCUACGACUCUCAGGGGCUUCCAACACGCCAUUCCCUCACUGCGGCCACUUGCCCACUUUGCUUUGGCUACGGCUUCCGAAACGGGGCCCUAGUAUAUCGGAAAGACCCGCGAGUUCCAUCAGAGGACCCGCCAACUAAAUAUGUCAAUUCCAGUCAGUUCCAGAAGGGCGAAGAGGAAGGAAGGAAGCAGAAUCUGCCGAUGUACCCUCCAGAAGGCUCGGGUGUAAAUCCUGCUCACAUCGUGUUUCCCAUCGUCAGAGGAGAGAACGGCGAGCAAUACCACGCAAUCAUCUGCUCAUUCUUGAGCGAAUUCACUCCAAGUUGCAUCACGAUUUGCGCCCCCGAGAAAAAGGGAGGCCCAACUCAGGCCCAGGUCGACCUCCUCUACUACUACAUACCUUCAGAAUCAAUCAAGCGCGAUGGAGAGAAGAAUGCAACCAGCAAAGAAGAAGCGACCAAGUAUAUCGCCAAUGUGUUCAAGACUCGAUCGGACCCGGCUGCACAGGCGGAGUUCUACGAAAGCAUCCGUUGCUUUCUGAACGAUGAAACUCCUGUGGCUAGGCUGACACCGCAUCGCUACAUGUCCCCGUCCUACACGGCAAAAUACUGGAUAAAUCGCUUUUUAGUCUUGACCAAGCAAAAAAAACUACCCAAGCCGAUCAAAGGGGAGGUCAAAGUCGCCAUCAUCAUGCUGCGAACAGAGCCUAAAGCAAACGAUCCUCGUCGGAUGACAGAUGAACAUCUAAAGGCCUGUAUCAACGCCAUCCGGGCUGCAAAUCAGGUCGCAGCCGACAAUGGAGGUGGUAAACCCAUCUCACAUGUGCUCUUAUACGGCGACAAGACAACUGUUCAAAUGCGAACAUUCAUCAAGAACACUGAAGACGUGUGGAAAAAAGAGCGAAAAGUUGGACCAAAGCUUCUCUACUUGACGUCUCCCUUCAAGACAGAUAACCAAGAGAAACCGGAAGUUAACCAGUUCUGGGCCAACUAUCGAGCGUUGGGCGGCUCUUUCUUCCACAACGUACCCGAGGCCAUUCCAGUUGAGACAAAGACGCUGGCAAUCUUCCUCGCCUUGCAGAAGAGAUACCAGAACAGAAUUUGCACCAUCGGCUUCCGCUCCGGCACUCUUGAUGGGGCCGGUUUUCUCGGCAUUCCGAUAUUUUAUCUCGACAACACGAAAACGGAAAACGUUUGGGACGACAGGUUUGCGGAUAUGCAGUACAUUUGGGAUGGCGAUAGUGAAGGUGCCAAAAUCAAAGAGAGGAUGGCGUAUGCUAGCCAGACCAUGAACACAUUCGUCAGGGUGAACAUUCAGGACGAGUAUGACGGAACCGGCCCGGAUAAGGUCUUAAAAAGAAAGGACGAAGAGCUGAAGCAUUUGGGUGCAGCGCUGUAUACGUAUAUGUAUGAAGACAAUGAAGGCGAUGAAGGUGAUGGACUGCUGUGGCUGAGGAGAGUGUCGUUGAUGAAUGGGGAUGAGAAAGGGAGAUUGCAAUCCAGGUGUAAUACCUUUGUCGAAGGAUUGGAGAAGAUAAGAUUCCGGGAGUCGAUGCGUUGCGUUCCGUAUCAGGGUACAAGACUCGUGGAGGUGCAGACGACAGGCUGGGCGAGCGCACAUAAAAGCUCUUGGUCGAUGCAGAACUCGAUCAGCAUGGAAAAGGAACGCUGGGUGCAGGCAGCAUCACAUGCCGUCAACACACCCACAUUGGACCUGAUGUCAUUCACAUCCACAGAGGCCGGAAGUGCCGCCGCGAGCUUCGCAUCGUCUACCAGUCUGAUCGACUAA